CUUCACUCGUCUCGGACCCGGUCUGAGGUUGAGCUUUUGGCCUUCCCUGGAUUCCGAAGCUGAGACUCGGGAGCCAAAAUGGGACUAAAGGAAAUGUUCAACUUGGCGCGGGUUCCUUCCAUCCUCAUGCUCGGCGUGGUUUAUGUUGCCUAUGUGCUGAUCGGGGGGGUGGUUUUUUGGAAGUUGGAAGGAGAACUCGGAGAGAAGGACAUCAGUGCGUUGCUGAUGAACAAAAAGAAGCUGCUGACGAUGUACCCCUGUCUGAACCAACAAGGCCUGGAGACUGUGGCUCAGGUUAUUCAAGAUACAGCAAAGGUGGGCCUCAGCUUGAAAGGAAACUACACCACAGAUGGCUUCUGGAAAUUCACCAGCUCAGCCGUGUUCGCUGCAACUGUGGUCACAACUAUAGGUUACGGGAACAUGAGUCCCAGUUCUACAGCUGGCCAGAUCUUCUGCGUGUUCUUCGCACUGUUUGGAAUCCCACUCAAUAUGGUGGUACUCAACAGAGUGGGCAAGUACAUGCUAGCCAUAGAGAGGAACAUCUCUCUCUUCCUUGAGGAGAAGACUGGGCGAAGGAGGUGUAUGCGCUUCUUUGUCCAUCUGGUCUCUUACCUCUCUGGAUCAGUCCUCUUCUUCGUUGUACCCAUGAUUGUGUUCCAGCAGCAUGAGGGUUGGACCCACGCCCAGGCCAUCUACUACUGCUUCAUCACCCUCAGCACCAUCGGCUUUGGAGACUUUGUGGCAGACAACAAUCCAGACAAAAAAUACCCUGAUUGGUACAGCGUCCUCAUGGCCAUGUGGAUCUUCUUUGGUCUGGCCUGGCUGGCCCUGGUUAUCAACCACUCUAUUGACAUCCUGGAGAGACUCAAUGCCCACUUCAAAGAACGUCAGAAGCAUGGGGACGACUCGGGCAGUCCAGAGGGAAGCAACCCUGAGACACAGAUGGAGAAGGAAGAUGAGAUCAAGAAACCUCCACUGUCUCAGUAACCAGCAAAGUGAGGAGAAGAUUUCUCUGAGUCAGUGUAGGUAUGGAUUAUCUGUCUAGAUCAGCAUCUGGAAAAUCUGGGUAGGCUGUAUAUCUGUGUGUGUUACCAGACUGUCAAUGCUGACAGUCUGUGAUGGUUUAAGAUGUGCCAUAGUUUUACUAUCCUCUGUCCUGCCACUAAAAUGACUCAUUUUUGUUGAGUCAGGUUUGUUUGUUUGACAGCAUUCAGUAUCCAAAUGCUGUUAAUCUGCUUCCAAAACCGUAGCUUGAAGUGAUUCUUGUUAAUUUACAUAGUAAAAGAAAACACUGAGAUUACAGCUGGUCCUCGACUUACGCUGGAGUUUUGUUCCAACGGCCCGAAGUCGAUUUUUGUCGUAAGUCAGAAGACUCUGACUUACGCUUGGGAGCCAUAAUGAAGGGCAAAAGGUUAGCGAAUGUAGCACAAUCAGCAAAUGUAAACAAAGCUGUCUGACAGUGCCGCGUGACGACGUAUUCAUCCACACCGCUCGCCAACUAGUUCCACGUAGCCAGUUCUGACAUAAUGACGAAACGCCAUAGGUUGAGGACGUCGUAAACCCCCCCCCCCGUAUAGUUUAGGAAAAGAUACAGCUUCAGCACUUAUUUUGUUCCUUGUAUCCGUCCAUUGUUUAGUGGAUGGUGGAAAACUGAGUGUGUCUGCUGCUCUUCGACCUCUCGGAGUAUAGCUCACUCUGCUGACCAAAAAACAAAUCCUUUGCCAAAUGUCUGAUGUCAGUUAGCUUCAGUCAGUUAAGAAUGUAUGUAAAUAAUAUAAUUUGCUUUGCAUAAUGUAAGUACUUAAAAAACCUUCAAAGGUUGAUUUUUUUUGUGGAAAAUGAUGUAGUUUGUCAUGCCUUGUUAGGAAAAAUGUGCAUUCAUAAACACUAGACUCAGAGAAAUAUUUAGAGGAGUGGAAAUAUUUCAUGAAUCCAGUAAAAAUGUGAUUUUCAUUUAAUGCAAGAAUUUGCAAGUUAAAUGGCCUGAAAAUCUUAGGCAAAGAACAGGCAAGUGCAGACACGUGAUUCAUUCCAUUGCUGCUUCAUCAAUUUAUUAAAGUGACGGCAUUCCAUGAUUCAGACAGGCUUUUCUGUGUCCUGUUCCUCACGUCUUCAUUCAGACAGUCACAGUGUGCACGACAUUUGUCUUUCUCUCGAGACUGAACAGAACGUCAAGUGAUGUCUAAUGUAAUAAUAUGCAAAAGAAUAAUUCUACCCUGAUAGCAAAUUUAUCAUGUUUUUUAUGUCCAAAUAACUAACAGCCUAGAUCAGGGGUGUCAAACUCAUUUUAGUUCAGGGGCCACAUUUAGCCACUAAAAUCACAACAUAAUAACAAAUAAAUACCUCCAAAUUUUUCACUUUGUUUUAGUGCAAAAAAGUACAUUCUGACAAUGUUCACAUUUAAUAAACUAUAUUUAUACAAAACAUUAUGAACAAACUUAAAUUUCUGAAGAAAAAGAAGUGAAAUUUCAACAAUAUUAAGUCUCAGUUUGUCAUUUGUGUAUUACAACCUACAGAUCACAGAAUGUCUGCAAAGACACAAAACAUUCAGUCAGAUAUCUGGAAAUGAAUGAUAUAAUAUUUUACAACUUGUCAAGAUCUAGAAAUUAUUUCCACAUCUGUGUAGUAACCCUGACACACCACACCACACACACUGAAGUGGGAACUAUUAAGGAAGAAGGCUGAGUUGUCCCCCUGCUUUGUAAAUUUAUACAUACAAAUAUAUAAAAGUUGUGGCAGUACAUCAACAAUAGGGUUCAACCAAACCAGACUCUGUCUACUGAAGCUGCUGACUCAUAUAAUAUCACACAAUGUUCAAUGUCUUUAAAUAUUUCCACAGUCAGGAUUCAUUUUCACCUCAGACACUUUUUACACUUUGCAAAGUCAUCUUUACGUUUGACACCCCUGGCCUAGAUUAUUUUUGAUUUCCUAAACACUUCAUGUUUUGUGUAAUGAUAACAGCUACAAGAUAACAAAUGAUUUACUGUAACUGAUGAACUGUGACUGUGUGUGUUUCAGCUCCACUGUCUGAAGUGAGGAAAAAAAUAAUAUCUGAAUACACAAAACACUGAAUGAACUAAAAUUCAUGUUGAUAAAUGACAGUAAACACUUGCUUUUAACAUCAUUUUAUUUACAAAUGUUUAUACACUGGUACAUUAUUGAAUGCUUCCGCUUUGUUUAUAUUUAUAUUACAGAUUUAAUGUGAUCUAGUUCUAUCUAUAGCUUAUGUAGAGUAUUGUGGUGAAUUCUCAGUAGAAAUCCACUAGGUGGAGUGACUGUACCAACACUGGAGAAAUGAUCUAUUCAAACUAGAAGCAAAGUAGCAAAUUCUGAACACGCUGUACACUGAGUAGGCCAAACUAACUACACUGAUACAUAUUUCCAUCUUCAUCCAAAUGAAUAUAAACAAACCCUUGCACAGUCUUCAGCGACAAAGCAGUUUCUGUCUGAUGUGGUUUCUUUUUAAAUCAUCAAAUAAAUGUGUACA